ACAGCUCCCACACAACCCCAGCGCAGCCCUGCAGCGCGCUUUAAGCUUUAAGCAGCAACGUUUAACCCGAGCUCUGCCUCUUCCUCCCCGCCCUCUCGACCCGGGUUGGGGCGGAGGUCCCACGUGGUGCUGCUGCUAGAGCCCAAAUCCCCUCGGGCCGCCUUCGAUCGUUCUUUUCCUUCCUCUUUCUCUCUCCCGCCCGCAACGCGCGCCAUGGCCGCCCGGCAGCAGCUCGCUUUGCUCAGCGUCUCGGAGAAAGCGGGCCUGGUGGAGUUCGCCAGGAGCCUGAACGCUUUGGGUCUGGGCCUCAUCGCCUCGGGAGGAACGGCCACAGCUCUGAGGGAUGCGGGGCUGCCCGUCAGAGAUGUUUCGGACCUGACAGGGUUCCCUGAGAUGUUAGGAGGACGUGUGAAAACCCUUCAUCCUGCAGUCCAUGCUGGCAUCUUGGCUCGCAAUAUUCCAGAAGAUAACGCUGACAUGAACAAACAAGAUUUCAGUCUUGUAAGAGUUGUGGUGUGUAACCUCUACCCCUUUGUGAAGACUGUAUCUUCUCCGGGUGUAACUGUACCAGAAGCAGUGGAAAAGAUUGACAUUGGAGGAGUUGCCUUGCUCCGGGCAGCUGCUAAGAACCAUGCUCGUGUGACAGUUGUGUGUGAUCCUGCAGACUAUUCUUCUGUAGCUAAAGAGAUGGCAGCAUCAAAGGACAAAGACACUUCUGUAGAAACCAGACGUCACCUUGCACUGAAGGCUUUCACCCACACUGCUCAGUAUGAUGCAGCCAUCUCUGACUACUUUAGGAAGGAGUACAGCAAGGGGGUGUCCCAACUGCCCCUGAGGUACGGCAUGAAUCCUCAUCAGAGUCCUGCACAGCUCUACACCACGAGGCCUAAGCUUCCCCUGACAGUGGUAAAUGGCUCUCCAGGGUUUAUCAACCUGUGUGAUGCUCUCAACGCCUGGCAGCUGGUGAAGGAACUCAAGCAGGCAUUAGGGAUCCCUGCUGCAGCCUCCUUCAAACAUGUCAGUCCUGCAGGUGCUGCUGUUGGAAUACCUCUCAGCGAGGAGGAGGCACAAGUCUGCAUGGUACAUGAUUUACACAAGACCUUAACACCCUUGGCAUCUGCCUACGCUCGAAGCAGAGGUGCUGAUCGGAUGUCUUCUUUUGGUGACUUCAUUGCCUUGUCUGAUAUCUGUGAUGUGCCUACUGCUAAGAUUAUUUCCAGAGAGGUAUCUGAUGGUGUGGUAGCUCCUGGCUAUGAGGAAGAAGCUCUCAAAAUCCUUUCCAAAAAGAAGAAUGGUGCUUACUGUGUCCUUCAGAUGGACCCUAAUUAUGAGCCAGAUGACAAUGAGAUUCGAACCCUCUAUGGAUUGCAGCUCAUGCAGAAGAGGAACAAUGCAGUCAUUGACCGGUCCUUGUUCAAGAACAUUGUUACAAAGAAUAAAACUCUGCCUGAGUCUGCUGUCCGAGACCUGAUCGUUGCCAGCAUUGCUGUCAAAUACACCCAGUCCAACUCAGUGUGCUACGCCAAGGAUGGGCAGGUCAUUGGCAUCGGGGCAGGCCAGCAGUCCCGCAUCCACUGCACACGCCUGGCUGGGGACAAGGCCAACAGCUGGUGGCUGCGACACCACCCGCGUGUGCUCUCCAUGAAGUUCAAAGCAGGAGUGAAGAGAGCAGAGAUCUCCAACGCCAUCGAUCAGUACGUCACUGGCACCAUUGGAGAGGAUGAGGACCUGGUGAAGUGGCAGGCCAUGUUUGAAGAGGUUCCCGCACAGCUAACAGAAGCUGAGAAGAAGCAGUGGAUUGCCAAGCUGACUGCUGUCUCCCUCAGCUCCGAUGCGUUCUUCCCUUUUAGGGAUAAUGUUGACAGAGCCAAACGGAGUGGAGUUCAGUUCGUCGCUGCCCCAUCUGGCUCUGCUGCCGACGAGGUUGUGAUUGAAGCUUGCAAUGAGCUGGGAAUAACUCUUAUCCACACCAACCUUCGGCUGUUCCAUCACUGAGCUUCUGUGGGCUGUUGUGGCCCCCAUUGGUCACAGUCUCACCAGCAGCAGUGACCUGGAGUAUCACCAGCUUGAUUGGGAGGCAACUGCAAUCUGUAUUUUAUUUAGCAGGUAUUUGUAAGAUCUGCAAACAAGACCUUUCCCUGCACUAGCAGAGAAUAAUAGUGCAGGUGGUUGACCUCUAACGUAGAAGAGUCUUUCCUACAUUUCUACAUGUCUCUUACAAAUAAACAUAUGGUUCUCAGCUAUAUGAA